CCUCUUAAUAUAGCCUACUUCUCGCCGUUAAAGCGCGCGUAUACUAAUGCUAUCUUAGUCUUAGUACGUAAUUUUAUCUACUAUAUUAGCAAAGAAACCUUCCUACUAGCUUUGAGAAAUGCCUAUUAUAAGGCUAUUACGCUAGAGAAUAUCUAUAGAGAGUUUUAA